UAUACUCUACCAACAUCCAUUCAACUAGUAUGAUAUUGUCACCCAUUUUCUCCAUAUUAUUCCCUUCCUUACCUAUUCCCUACACAUAAUCCUUACCAAUUCUCUUUGCCACAUACUAUCCCUUAUAUCCUUGCCCCCUUCCAUACAUGGAUGCCUCUCUGCAUCGGCUGGGUUCCUAGAAAUAUUGAUGUUCCUCCGUCUCCACCUCUUCCACCUCUGCCGCCACCAUGGAUUGAACUGCCGUGGGAUGUAACGGCCAAUAUUCUGCAAAGGCUGGGGUCGGAGGGGAUGCUCACAAGUGCGCCGCAAGUGUGUACCACCUGGUGGAAGGUCUGUAAGGAUCCCUCCUUGUGGCGAGUCAUCGAUUUCUCCGACAAAAAGCAAGGUCCUCUCUUCGACAAGUAUAUGAUCAUGUGCCGCUGCGCAGUGGAUCGUAGCCAGGGACAAUUGGUCGACCUCACCAUUCAGUAUUUCGGCAAUGACAAACUCAUGGAGUACAUCACUGAGCGAUCACCAAAUCUCAAACGCCUUAAACUUGGAACUUGCUUUAACCUAUCAGGAGAUGUUGCAACUAGAAUGUUUGCAAAGCUUGUACAUUUGGAAGAAUUGCAUCUCACUAUCAGAAAAAUUAUUGGUGCUGCUGACAUUGAAGCCAUUGGCAAGUGUUGCCCAAUGUUGAAAUCAUUCUCAUGCAAUGGAUUUAAGUACGGGGUUAAGACAUUGUUAAAUGACGAUUUUGUUGCAGUGCACCAUCGGAAUUUGUAUGCUUUUGCAAUCAGCAAAAGCAUGCCUAAUCUGCGUCAUCUUCAACUCUUUGCACAUUGGAUUGGGAAUGAAGGACUUGAAGCCAUCCUUCACUGUUGUCCACGUCUGGAAUCACUUGACAUUCGGCGAUGUUUUGAUCUCGAUCUUGAAGGGGAUUUGGGGAAAAGAUGUUGUCGGAAAAUUAAACAUCUUAAACUCCCCAAUGACUCAAUCAGUGAUAUACCAUGGCCUAAUUGUGAUGGCGGAGAUCCAUUUGAUUCUUCUGCCCGCAGAUUUGAAUUUUACGAAUACAACUAUUAUAAAGAUUAUGAAGAUUAUUGUAGACGCUACGGUAGCAAUUUCAACUUAUUAUGA